GGCCGAGCCGCUGAGCGCCCGCGCCUGGAGCCCUGACUCUAUGGCCCCCGGGGAGAGCGCCAGAGCCGCCGCGCCGCCCACCACCAGUUGGAACCCGAGCGCCAGCGGGAGGAGGAGGGGAGCCCCGGGCGCCGCCGGCCCCGGUCCAGGGGCCAGCCCGCGGCCCCCGCCCCCGCUGCGGGGCAUGGGAAGCAGGUAGCCCGCUAGUGCUAGGACGCCCGCGGCGGGCAGGACCCGCUGAGCACUGCGAAGCCCACAGCCAGGGAGGAGAGCAGCGGCCCGCCCGCCCCCGGCCGCAGCCCCAGCAGGGCCCUCCCCUGGCGGCACGCACCCGUGCGCGCACACCCCGCACACAAGACCUCCGCUCCCGCCCGGUCUCGCCGGCCCCCGCGAGCGCCGAUCCCUUUGGGGCCUGAUGCCAUGGGUAACAACUUCUGCAGUAUCCCCUCUCUGCCCCGAGGAAACCCGAGCCGGGCACCGCGGGGCCACCCGCAGAACCUCAAAGACUCCAUUGGGGGCCCUUUCCCGGUCAACCCUCACCGAUGCCACCACAAGCAGAAGCACUGCCUGCCAGUGCUGCCUGGUGGGGGCCUCCCGGCCACCCCGCUGCUCUUCCACCCCCACACCAAGGGCUCCCAGAUCCUCAUGGACCUCAGCCACAAGGCCGUCAAGAGGCAGGCCAGCUUCUGCAACGCCAUCACCUUCAGCAACCGCCCGGUCCUCAUCUACGAGCAAGUCAGGCUAAAGAUCACCAAGAAGCAGUGCUGCUGGAGUGGGGCCCUGCGGCUGGGCUUCACCAGCAAGGACCCGUCCCGCAUCCACCCUGACUCGCUCCCCAAGUACGCCUGCCCUGACCUGGUGUCCCAGAGCGGUUUCUGGGCCAAGGCGCUGCCCGAGGAGUUUGCCAACGAGGGCAACAUCAUCGCUUUCUGGGUGGACAAGAAGGGUCGCGUCUUCCACCGCAUCAACGACUCUGCCGUCAUGCUCUUCUUCAGUGGAGUCUGCACGGCAGACCCGCUGUGGGCCUUGGUGGACGUCUAUGGCCUCACGCGGGGCGUCCAGCUGCUUGACAGCGAGCUGGUGCUCCCGGACUGCCUGCGGCCGCGCUCCUUCACCGCACUGCGGAGGCCGUCGCUGCGGCGCGAGGCUGACGAGGCGCGUCUCUCGGUGAGCCUGUGCGACCUCAACCUGCCGGGCGCCGACGGCGACGACGGGACGCCUGCUGCCGGCUGCCCCAUCCCGCAGAACUCGCUCAACUCGCAGCACAGCCGCGCGCUGCCGGCGCAGCUCGACGGCGACCUCCGUUUCCACGCGCUGCGCGCCGGCGCGCACGUCCGCAUCCUGGACGAGCAGACGGUGGCGCGCCUGGAGCACGGGCGCGAUGACCGCGCGCUCGUCUUCACCAGCCGGCCGGUGCGCGUGGCCGAGACCAUCUUCAUCAAGGUCACGCGCUCCGGCGGCGCUCGGCCGGGCGCGCUGUCGGUGGGCGUCACCACGUGCGACCCCGGCUCGCUGCGGCCGGCGGACCUGCCCUUCAGCCCCGAGGCCCUCGUGGACCGCAAGGAGUUCUGGGCAGUGUGCCGCGUGCCAGGGCCCCUGCACAGCGGUGACAUCCUGGGCCUGGUGGUCAACGCCGACGGGGAGCUGCACCUCAGCCACAACGGAGCGGCCGGCGGCAUGCAGCUGUGCGUGGACGCCUCGCAGCCGCUCUGGAUGCUCUUCGGCCUGCACGGGGCCAUCACGCAGAUCCGCAUACUCGGCUCCACCAUCCUGGCAGAGCGGGGUGUCCCAUCACUUCCCUGUUCCCCUGCUUCCACACCAACCUCGCCCGGCGCCCUGGGCAGCCGCCUCUCUGACCCCUUGCUCAGCACAUGCAGCUCUGGACCUCUGGGGAGCUCUGCUGGUGGGACGGCUCCCAACUCACCAGUAAGCCUGCCUGAGUCGCCAUUGACCCCAGGCCUGGGCCAGUGGAGCGAUGAGUGCACCAUCUGCUAUGAACAUGCGGUGGAUACGGUCAUCUACACAUGUGGUCACAUGUGCCUCUGCUACGCCUGUGGCCUGCGCCUCAAGAAGGCCUUGCACGCCUGCUGUCCCAUCUGCCGCCGCCCCAUCAAGGACAUCAUCAAGACUUACCGCAGCUCCUAGCCUGCUGUGGCGGCCCACCCCGCAUGCCCAGCAGGGCCCUUUCUCUUCCCCAUUUUGGAAACAUUUUCCUUCUCCAUUAAACAUAGGAAACUGAGGCCCCUGAAGGUCUAAGGGGAGAAGGGGUUUCAGGCAGGGAGGUGGGGGGCAGAGGGGAAGGGAAGAGGCUGAAUUUUCCCUCUCUUUCCCUUCUUGCACCCAGCUCUUUCCUGCAUGCUGAGGGGCUAAAUCGGGGUCUUAGCCUCUUCUAAUCCUUGUCCAGCUAGGGCAGAUUUCUAGGAGGCACCUUUGUGAGAAUUAGAAAACAUGUACCUUUUUGGGGAUAGAUGGAACCUUGAGCCAGGGCAUGUGGCUUAGCUAGUGGAGUGUGGACUAGGCUUUGGCCUCUGCUCCCUCAGCUAGCUGCUCUUAAGCAGAGCACAACCUGCUCAGCUGCAGCCCUGCCCCGGGCAGGUACCUCCUGAGCUGCUCUGACCUAUACCCACCUUCCCUUUCCUUUCUUCCCUGCCCACUGGGCCUGGCAGCUAGGGGUGAGAAAGCUGGUGGAUCCUUCCACCAUGGCAGGCUGCAGCCUCCAUGCCAUGUCUCUCUCCCACUCACCCAGAUGGGUGGAGAGACAUGCUGUAGAGGACUUCAGGCUCUGGGUCCCUGGCUUCAGCUCUGGUUGAGAGGAGGAGGAUCCCUUUCUGGGAUCCUGCCCCAGUCAGGGUCUGGAGGUAGCUGUUUGGUGUGGGCUGUGUUCUGUCAAGGUCUCUAAGAACAGGUGUGCAGCUACCUUCUCUCACCUGUCCUCCCACAUCUCAGCACUGUCCUGGGCCUGAGCGGAUUCUCAGAAGCUUCAGAAUGCCUGGGAGGGGCCAGGGCCCUGGGUCGGAAGGGGAGGAGAGGAAGCCAUCAUCCCAUUAUCCUUGGGUUGGGGUGAACAGCUUACUUGUACUGAGACCAGCCUUUUUCCUUUAUUUAUUUAUUUAUUUGGUUUUUGAGUUGUUUGUGGGUGCAUUCCCAUUCCCUGGGAAUGCUGUCCUGGUGUGUGGGGUGCUUGGCGAGAGGAAAUAGUAGCGGAGGUAGUCAGCACUCAUGUCGUCUCCAGACUCCAGCCACAGUCUCACAGCCAGCUCUGCUCACCAUGGAUGGGAACUCCAUAAAAAGGGGUCAAAGUGGGAGGCCUCUUGGCAAAUUGUAUCCAUUUGACAGAAAGGCAAACUGAGCCUCCUUAAUUCCCUGGGGCUCGUAGAUUACCCAGAGCCACAAAGUGCUCUUCCACCCUGGGCUGGGUCAUCAUGAUUGGCUCAGGUAUAUCAGGUGGCCCCCAAGGACAUAAGUUUCAGGCAGGCUGAGGGCAGGCCAGGAAACAGGACUAGGGGACCUUACCAUGGUGGGUCUGGGGCCCUGUUUAGGGAAGGGAAGGGCUGGUACCCAGCACUUCUGGGUUUUGGGGAGGGAGCACCCCAGCUCUUCUUAGGUCACAGUCACCUUAGCCCUGCCCAUACUGUCUGGGCUAGGACAUCUCGAGUCUUGGUCUGGCCUUCUCCAGCCCCCUCAGAUGGCUUUGUAUGUGUGUGUGUCCUUAAGAGACUGUCCCUGUGACAGGCAUGGCAUGGGGUUUUAGACUUGGCCACUGACCAGUUGUGUGGCCCUAGCUAGGUCACAGACCCUCUGAACCUCAGCCCCAACUCUGUCAAAUGACUGGGGGAGGGAAGCAGACUUUGUGACUCUUGGGAGUUCUUCAGAGAGGGGCUGUCUGGGGUGAGUGGACUCCAGGGUUGGCCUUUGUGCUGGCUCUGCAGUGGGCCUCUGGGGAAGUCAUCAUUCCACUCUGGGUUUCUCUCCCCUAGUGCUGACCCUGGGAGGUCCCUUCUGUGGGAGUGGAGUGGGGCUGGCCAGCAGCUCCACCCCAUCAGGGUCCCAUUCCAGAGCAAAGAAGGGUCUUAAGCACAAGGGCUGGAGGGUCGGUGAGAGGAAGCCAUCAUCCCAUUGUCUGUCAGUGCAUGGGUUGGGUUGCUGCUCCUCCUUUGUGAACUCGGGUGGCUGUAAUUGUGAAUAAAGGUGAUUUCGUACCAGCCUGA